AUGGCUCCUAGCAAGACACGCUCACUGGCUGAUCAGCUUGCUGAUCUGGAGGAUCCUACUCCAAAGGAUUUUGAUCCGGAGGAUCUUGAAAACGAUGGCCCUUCUAGCGACGAGGAUGGUGCAGGACAACCUUCAGAUGUGAACGCUGGAAGAGAGCAUUAUGAGGCCGUUGGUAAGGGAAAACUUCGGAAGCAGGACCCCGUCAGAUUAGGAAAGCAAUAUGCUGGCGAGCGCGUCAGCAGAGAUGCCCUUGAGGCCGACAGCGACGAUGAUCCAUUUGCGGCGCAUACCGACGAUGAAGACGACUCCGAUGCCGGCUCAGACGGCUCACUGGGACUUGACGACGACGACUCCGACGCGUCCGAACAAUCUGAGAGUGGCGCCAAGCAGCAGAAGACCCUCCCAAAAACCCAGCGAAAGAAUUCCAUGGACAGCCAAUCUGAUUCCGAUUUUGCAGACUCGGAUUCAAACGUCGAUGAAGACAGUGAGGAGGAGGAUGACUCGGAGGACGACGAUGAUGAUGUUUUCGACGAGGAGGUAGAAGAUGGGAUGGAGGAUGAGAGCGAAGAUGAUGAGGUUGCGGUCGCCAAGAAAAAGCGCAAUACCAAAGUCCAUUCCGGAUCCGGGGCUGCCUCAGAUGAUCGGGAAGAACUGAGGAGACUGAUGGCUUCUGAUCAGAAAACAAUCGCUGCCACCAUCUCGCAAGCCGCGAAGGCAGAUGCUGCCAAGGGAAAGGCUGUCAAGGAGCAACGUACCACGUUUGACGCACUUUUGAACACACGUAUCAAGUUGCAGAAAGGCUUGGGAGCAAUCAACGAAAUGUCUGCAUUAGUUGCGGGUGAGAAAGAUGCAGGAAGCGACGAACAUGGUGAAGCUGAUGAGGAAGCGAUAAAAUCUGCCGAGUCGGCCGCUCUUGCCCUCUGGUCUACUCUGGAGGAACUGCGCAAUGCACUUGCCGACGCUCACUCUAAAGAUGGUAGCAAAAAGCGCAAGAGACCCUCGCCUAUCAUCCCUACUACUAAAUCUGCUUUACUUUGGGAGCGCAUGGCCGAUCUCGAGUCCGAGUCGCUUGCACACCGUCGCUCUACCCUGGACAAGUGGUCUUCCAAGGUCAGAGGCACCUCCACCUCACUCCCCAAUGCUAGAGGCAAGCUUCUUGGCUCUGGAUCUAAGCAGUCUAUCACCGCUGUUCUUGAUGCCCACGUUGCUACUGAAAUUGGUGAUCGUUCAUCCAAGCGUGCCCGCCAGUCCAACGGCAGCUCGACCGAAGCUCCCGAACCCGUUUAUGACGACACAGUCUUCUACCAAUCUCUCCUUCGUGAACUCGUCGAGCAACGCAUGUCAUCCGAUGCAAUGACUGGUGGCCUCGACACUCAACUUCCUUCUCGCCUCCCUAUCCAUCCAAUCACUGGCAUGCGCAACGACAAAGUCAAGCGCGAAAAUGUUGAUACCCGCGCUUCUAAGGGUCGUAAGAUGCGUUUCAAUGUUCAUGAGAAGCUUCAAAACUUUAUGGCUCCCGAGGACCGUGGCUCAUGGACUGUUCGUGCUCGAGACGAAUUCUUCGCUUCCUUGCUGGGCAAGACCGCCAGUGGAUUGUUAGGCGAAGGAGAUGAGAGUGGUAGUGACAUGGAAAGCGAUGAAGACCGCGAAGAAGGUGGCUUGAAGCUGUUCCGGAACUAG